CCCAGCACGGGUCAGCACUGCUGACCCGUUACUCUAAAGUCAUCAUCGUAUAAAGCCGUCUUAGCGUUCGUAUCGACGUUGAGCAGGUCGCGCAAUUAUUGGUAAUCGUGGGGGCCGAACAUGGAGCCAUGGGAAUGCGACCCUGAAAUGGUCCGCGCCCUCGAGGAUUUCCUUCUGCAGCGGCCAAGGAACUAUGGGCUGGAUGAUCCUAUGACUGACCUGUCAGCCGUUUCCCAACAAAAUACAGAUCUUCACGUCUUUGGCGUACCGGUAGACCAGGGUGACAUGGGUGCAGCAACCGGAGCCCUUGGAAUCGGGGCCAGCCCUCACAGCCUACAAGAUCCAUCACACCAACACGCAGCAGGUUUUGGCUCAGGCGAUGGCGCUGCCGGAGCAAUCCCAAUUCAAGCAACCCCAGGUGGAGCGGGACAACAAGCGACAGCCAUCCUGUCUUCUGGUCCAACCGAACCAGUGCACGCUAUCCCAGACCCCAGCCCACCUUUUCUUGCAGCUGGGGCAGGCUAUGCGGCAGCUGGGGCAGGCUAUGCGGCAGCUGGUGCCUUGCUCCCCGGGCAGCCGCAGGGAAACCCCGCUGGCCACUGUGGUUCUCAAUACGGGUCGUAUAGCCAUGAGUUGGGGUCUCCAACCCAGCCUCCGGUUCUUCAACAUGCCUGCUACCAGCAACCGCUGCCGCAGCAACACCCGUUGGCUCCGCCGCCGCAGCACCAUUCAUUGGCGCCGCAGCAGGGGCAGCCAUCAAUGAAUGGGUAUCCUUGUGCCCAUGUCGCGGGCGCUGCAGGCCUGGCGGCGGCUGCCAGCUGGAACCCCGCAGCACUGCUGGCUUGCUCAGCCUACGGAAUGGCAGCUGACUCCACCGGUAUCCCCACAGCUGCUCAACUCACUGGGACAGGGUACAACGCGUCGCAACUAGCAGGGGUCUUCCCACACGGGGCGAGUACACUGGCUCACCCGCAAUUGCUGCAGCAGCAGCUGCUGCUGCUGCUGCAGUUGGCCGCAGCGCAGCAGCUGCAGCAGCAGCAACCUCGACAGCUCCAGCAGCCAAGCCCCUCAGGCGCAAGCGAGCCAGGCUUGCGCCAACCUCUGGCUGAGAGCCUCAAGCUGAGGCCCAGUGUGGGUAAGCCGCAGCAGGACACGGUUGUGAGCGGCGUUGGCCGCCUCCUAGCGGGUUUCGAGGAGGGCGGGUCCUGCAGCCUGGAGAGCUUGGCCAAGGAGUGGCAGGACAACCCUGACCCGGAGCGGCAGUUCGCGUUCCUGGCGGCUGACAACCUGGAUAAUGAGCGCAGCAACAUGAAUGCUGUCGACAAGGGCCGCCAACCUGUCCAGCUGGAUGAAAAGACCUACGUUGUCAGCCACUCGGGAGGCAGGUGCACCUGCGAAGUUACUUACUGCGACAAGUGCAAGGAUGCAGGACAUGAGUACGACACGAUUAACAAAUACUUGUUGGCCUUUAAGGAACAGCCCAGCGGAAGAGAGGCGGAUAAGCUGACGUUUCGUGGCGACAUCAAGCUGUGGGUCCCCAAGCAACCGCGCGCGGUGCUGUGGCACGUGAAACCCCGCGUGCGCGACCCCAAAGCGCGUAGCCGCUCCAAAAGAACCGGCACCGCCGAGGAAGCCGCCGCCGCAGCAUCGGAGGAGACGGUUCCGGAGGCAGCGGCAAGGAGGCAUCAGACCGGUGGCAAGGCCGCUGCAGCUAGCCGCCGCCGGGACGCCAAACGCACGCGUACCGCCACUCACAGCCCCGCAACAGCCGCAGGUGCCGUACAUGCCGCAGGCGCCCCCCAGCAUCCGCAACCGGGUUCGCCGCAGGUCCCCGGACCGGGUGCGGCCGAGGUGGCGGAGGCCUGGUUUCCCAGCCUGGAGGAUGUCUUUAAUCACCUGCAGGGCUGCGGCCCGCCCGCCGCCUUCCAGCAGCUGCUGCUGCAGAUACCGCUGGACCACCUGCUGCAGAUGCGCUGCCCGCGGGACGGGCAGUGCAUCGCGCACCUGCUGGUGACGCCGCCCAGACAGCUGGCGGUGGUGCUGGGGCGGCGGGACGACGACUCGCAGCCGCCCUGGGACCCGGACGAGGGGAUGUUGGAGAAGGAUGCGGUGCAGCUGAUAAAGGUGUUCAUCUUGCAUCUGGAGAACCAGCUGGGUCCGGGUAAGGGCGUGCAGGCGUGGCGGCAGCUGCUGCAGCAGCAGGACGGGCGGCACAUGGCCAACGCAGUGCACCGGGCGGGGCGCUUCGGCCACCGACUGGCGGUGCUUCAGGAGUGCGUGCUGCCGUACGCGUCAAGGUCCGCUCUGCUGCAGGUGACAGCCCACCUCUACACGCCCUUCCACUCCGCCUUCCGCACCGGCAGGGAGGACGCCGGCCGCCUGCUGCUGGGAGCGGCCCUCGCCGCCCUGCGAGACGUCGCCGCCUGCACGGAUCCCUGCGUCGGCAGCGUCCUGCUCAAGACAGCGGCCGGCAGCUCCGCGCCCCUGCGGCAGCUGGCCUGCAGGGCGGUGUACCUGCUGAAGAACAAGUAUUUCAGGGGGACCAACAAAGACGGGUACCGCUCACCAGAUGGCCGUUCGGGGUAUGCGCUGCUCAGCGCCGCCUGUCAGGCGGAGCUGCCGGGCGUUGUGGAGCUUGCUGGGCUUGCUGUGGGAGCUGGGGCUUCCGGCUCCGGAGGGACUUUGCCGGGACUUGGCAGCGUGCAGGUGGGCCCGGAGCUGUCCUUCCCCGCGCCGCCCCCGCUGAACAAGAAGAACAAGCAGUUCGACUUGGGCAAGCUCAGCAUGCUGGUUGACAUCCUGGACUACAGCCAGCCGCGACCCAUGGCGCCCCUGGGAACGGCGGCUGCAGCGCAGCACCGGCAGUAGCCAGGCGGGGCUGGCAGCAGCUGUCGUAAGAGAUGGACUGUGGCGGCAUUCGGAGCUAGGGCCCAUGCCGCGGGCGAUGAGGGUGUCCAGGAGCCUUGUUUUUGGUCUCGGAUUGGUUGUGCGAUGCGGCGCAGGUGUUGAAGUCCAUUGGCUGACCCAUGGGUCGUUUGGAGAUUGUAUUCAACCCUAUUGUAUGUUGUUGGUGACGCAGGUUGUUCCUUUCACGUAGGAAACAGACGCAUAGUAUGAGUCGCAGUCGCUGCAUGGGAACAUUGCCCUUAAUUGGCCAUACAUUGUGACUUGGUGGUCUGGUCUUCUUUUGCAUGGGGCCGGCUGUCGGUGAGUACCGGUAGGUCUGCCAUGUGCCCGCAGCUUGACACACAAGCAAACUGCGUUGGUCUUUUGAUACAGUAAUGGAAUAGGCGUCUUGUUGACACGUAUAGUUCUUGGCUGCAGGUUCUUUACUGCUAAGGACGUAUUAAUGUGGCACCAGCAUAUGGCAGCAGUGUUUGGGCUUUGCUUUAACCUUCCUCCGCGUAUAGCUAGCCUUAGCCUGCGCAUGUAGCUAGUCUUGAUCGCUAGACGUUGGAGGGCCUUUAUUGAUUCUCGUUGUAUGCUCGUAAUCCCCCCGUCCACAGUUAAGCCAGCGUUGGCGAAAGUGAGAGAAAGAGAGUUCCUGGCUUUGCCUUGGCCUGGCGAGUUUGAAUAACAGAGUAAGUGGUUGCUGCCGUAACUUUCAGGUCUUUCAGGUUGUCCUUCCGAGCCUUGUGAUUAGACUCCUCGCCAUUGACACAGCCCCAAUCAUGCAAGGUUGUGUGCAUAGCUUCAGUAAGGUAUUCAUUUGGAAAUCCGUCAAGCUAGGUCAAGCAUUGCGCCGGUGUAUUGGCAAAUGGCUGUAGCUCGCUUGCUGCGGUUGCUUGGGGAGGCCUGCGGGGCGCGUGUUAGCCGUGUCAAAGCAAGCUCCUGCGCGCUUGGGCUCAGGAGGGUUGGUUGGUUG